CCUCAAGCAAUACUAGUCUGUGCAAGGAUUAGAGAUUGCCAUCAAGGCCCCAACUCCUGUCCAGUGUCUACAACUACAAUGAAGUUUCUGCCGAUUAGCUUUCUCAUCUUGGCUUUGGCCACUGCCACUGCUUUAGCUUACGACCCGAGUCCUCUUCAGGACAUAUGCCUGGCCACCAAUGACCUGGAAUCUGGAGUAUUUGUGAAUGGAAAAUUCUGCAAGGACCCGAAACAAGCCACGGCUGAUGAUUUCGUCUUUAUGGGGCUUAGGAAUCCUGGAAACACAUCGAAUCCGCUCGGAUCAAAAGUCACACAGGCUUUCGUCCAGCAAUUUCCAGGACUCAACACUCUUGGAAUAUCCAUGGUUCGCGUUGACUUUGCUCCUGGCGGCCUAAAUCCUCCCCACUUUCACCCUCGUGGCACUGAGGUUCAGAUUGUGGUGGAGGGUACGCUACUCGUUGGCUUCGUCACGUCCAACCAAUUAAACAACACUCUCUUUACAAAAGUCCUGUACAAGGGGGACGUGUUUGUGUUCCCUAUUGGUCUCAUUCACUUCCAGUUGAAUAUCGGAAACACAUAUGCGCUAUCCAUUUCCAGUUUUAGUAGCCAGAACCCUGGGCUCAUUACCAUUGCUAAUGCUGUCUUCGGAGCGAAGCCACCUAUUUCUGCUGAUGUUCUCACCAAGGCCUUCCAACUAGACAAGAAGGUCGUCGAGUAUCUCGAGGCGCAGUCUUGGUAUGACAACAACUAAAUGAAUCUAUCAUUAGUUACACAAAAUAAUUGAAUUAUGCGACUUACUUGCUUAAUCUUGUUUCUAUAAGUGGUUGCUCUAGACACAUAACUAGACUACUUACCACAUGUAUGGUUGAUUUUGAAUAAAAGAUUGUUAUCUCUCUAGUGGUUGCUCUAGACACGUAUCUAGACUAUGUACCACAUGUAUGAUUGAUAUUGAAUAAAAUACCGUUCUCUCUCU